CUCUAAGAACAGCUUGUUGCUUGAGUAUUAUCCUCAAUUAAACAUUAUUGACCUAUUAUUAUAGUAGUAUUUUGUUAAUUUAAGUAACUUCAUCCCACAUCCACACCUUUGAAACUGGACGUUUACCAAUACCUGGUUUUCAGUCUUAGGCAAUUAUUUGACGAUUUUUGCCCUUCUUUUGACCGUUAAUUAACAGAAACUCAUUAGGCCGUCUGUUAUUUGCGAUUUUGCUGAAGAUUCAACGUCGAUUGACUUGUUGUUAACAAAUUUUAUCAUUUUUGGAAAUUGCUUGUCUUUUCGGUCACCCAAAGUAAUUAUCAGCCAAGAAGGGCGUAAAAGACUUGAUAUAAUAUAACAAGCUUUGUGCUCGUCAGUAUAAUAAAUCUUCUGAUUAAUUUUUUUCUAAGAUGAAGAAAAACUACGGAAUUUUCCUGGAUGCUGGUUCCAGUGGUACUAGAUUACAAGUUUACGUAUGGGAUUCAGCAGGCUCUUCACAAUUGGAAGUUCUUCCAGCAGAGCUUCCUCAAAUUGCCAUGGGUUCUACAGAUGGAAAAGAAUGGACAACCAAAACGAAUCCAGGAAUUGCAAGUUUCUCAUCCAAGCCUACCUCUGUUGGUAAGGAUCACUUGAAGAAAUUACUAGACUUCGCUGCAAAGGUAAUUCCAGAAUCCGAGUAUCAAGAUACGCCUGUAUUUCUGAGUGCUACUGCCGGAAUGCGUUUGUUGCCGAAGAAGCAACAGGAAAUCAUACUUUCAAAUGCGUGUAGUUACAUUCAAGACAAUUACAACUUCAAACUUGAUGAUUGUGAUAGCAUGAUUCGUGUUAUCGAUGGCAAAACUGAAGGAUUGUAUGGUUGGCUCGCUGUAAAUUACCUCCUUGGACACUUGGAUCCAAAAUCCAAUCAGACAGUUGGCUUUCUCGAUAUGGGAGGUGCAAGCGCCCAAGUCGCAUUUGAAGCGCCCGUUGAAAAAUACAGCAAUUAUUCGGAUGUACUUUCGCACAUUCAGCUUGGCCUUUUAAAUGGCGGACAUUUAGAUUAUGAUGUGUUCCUUACAACUUGGCUUGGUUUUGGCGCGAAUGAAGCCAGAAGAAGAUAUUACGAGCAAUUACUUUCCUCGGCGAGAGAUAAAAGUGAAACACUUUCGGACCCAUGUUCACACAAGAAUCACCACUUCAGUAUGAAUGGUGCCUCAUUCGUUGGAACAGGCGAUAUUCAAAAAUGUGUGUCACAAAUGAAUCCUUUGCUCCAAAAAACUCUUCCUUGCAAUCGUGAUCCCUGUUUGUUUGGCGGUGUCCAUGUUCCACCGAUUGACUUCAACUCUACAGAGUUCAUUGGUGUGUCUGAGUUUUGGCAUAAUACUCAUGAUGUUUUCGAUAUGGGCGGUAAGUAUCAUUUUCCUUCUUAUUACGAGAAAGUUGCGGAUUUCUGCUCUCAGGACUGGGACUCUGUUUUGCAACAGUAUAAGGAAGGUAAUUUUGCAAAGGCAAUGAGUGAAGGCAAACUGAAGAAACUCUGUUUCAAGGCGACUUGGGUUAUGAGUGUUUUACAUGAAGGAUUUGGAGUUCCGAAAAGCAAUUCAACCAUUCAAGGCCAUGAUAAUUUGGAAGACGGUUUGAAUGUAAUUCCUUCUUUUCAUUCUUCUUUCAGCAGCGUCAACAAAAUAGAAGGUUCUGAGGUUUCAUGGACAUUGGGACAGGUUUUAUUGUACGCAUCUAACGAUGUUUCACGGAAGGGCUUUGCUACACUCGUACCGGUCCGCCCAUCCAGUAAUGAGCUGGUAUUUUCUAUAUUCUGGAAAGCGGCAUUGGUACUCUUGGGUGUCUCUUCGUUGCUUCUUCUUAUUUUCAGCAGAAAACAGAGACAUAAACUUCGUUCCAUGGUAAGACGUUUUCAGGAUAAGAAAUAUCGCACUGUUAUGACAGCUACUGGUGCAUAUGAAGAGGUUUACGAGCCAGCUAAAGAUGAUGUUGAACUCGGUCCUGUGUUACCCAGAAGCAAAUCUACCUCUAAUUUUACGACCAUCAUUAAUUCAUCGGGUGUGCUCUCUCGUACUGUAAGUCGGGAAAGAAUUCCUCGUCCUUCAACCGAGCGUUAAUAAUAAGUCCGCUUCCACACCGUUUACGACGUUUUUACGAUAAAUCCCGCCAAGUUUGGGUAACUUGAGCAAUAAUCUAGUUGUAAGACUUCUAAUCGUCCAUCUUUUAUUUAACAGAAUUCUUUAGUGAAUAAGCACA